AUGUUGUUGACGUUGUUGAGGAAGAGGUUGUUGUGCAGCAAUCUUCGACACAAACAGAGGUUGUUAAGGAAGUUGGCAAGGAAGUGGCUGAAGCUGUUGAUCAGGCUCCAUCUACUGAAACUGCCUCGCCUUCUCCUCUGCCUGUGUUCUUGGAGUCACUGGCUUCUUCUUCAGCAAGUAGCAUCUUUGAUGGUGCUAAGCAUGAUUCAGAGGAGCCUGAGGAUGCAGUACGUCUCCAGUCCCUGGAGAUACCCCAGCCUACUGCAAUCCCUUCAGCUCCAGCUCACUGGACCGAAGUUGAGAAGCGGAAGUUCAACUAUGAAGAGCAACUUGCUCAUGAGAUCAGACGUGAAUUCAAAGGAAUUCCUCAUGCAGAGCUCAAGGCUAUUAUUGAAAGAGUGGGAAAGGAAAUGGGGAUUUGUUUUUCGACUCAUCCUGCUGCCCCUGUUGCUCCUCCUGCUCCCCCAAUUGGUGCUGCUGCUCCACCACCGCCGCCGCCACCUCCUCCGCCACCAUUGCCUUCAAGCAUUCUUGGUGCUUGUGCCAGGGGACCUAAUCUUGGACCUGGUGCUCGCCCAGUAUUGUUGUUUGAUCCUGAGCAAUUGA